GCGCCCUCGGGCUCUGAUUUGGCGCCUGCGCUCGGGGCCGGGCCUCGCUAUUACCAUACGGGGAGGUAUAAAGGGCCGGGCGCCGGGGCCCUUCCUCCUCACCUCCUCACUGCACUGCGGAGCUGAGUUAGGUCAGGGACCCCUCGGGAUCACAAUUUCCAGAGACGAAAAUGGUGAAAAUCGGAGUUAACGGAUUUGGCCGCAUUGGCCGUCUGGUCUGCAGGGCUUCAUUUAACUCUGGAAAAGUUGAGGUUGUGGCCAUCAACGACCCUUUCAUUGAUCUGAACUACAUGGUCUACAUGUUCAAGUAUGACUCCACUCAUGGCCGUUUCCAUGGUGAAGUGAAGGCCGAAAAUGGGAAGCUCGUGAUCAAUGGACAUGCCAUCACUGUCUUCCAGGAGCGUGACCCUGCCAACAUAAAGUGGGGCGAUGCUGGUGCACAAUAUGUUGUUGAAUCCACUGGUGUUUUCACCACCAUUGAGAAGGCCAGCGCUCACUUGAAGGGCGGUGCCAAGCGUGUUGUAAUCUCCGCCCCAUCAGCCGAUGCUCCAAUGUUUGUGAUGGGUGUCAAUCAUCAGAAGUAUGAUAACUCUCUGAAAAUCGUCAGCAAUGCUUCUUGCACCACCAACUGCCUGGCACCCCUGGCCAAGGUCAUCAAUGACAACUACGGCAUUGUGGAAGGCCUUAUGACCACAGUCCAUGCCAUCACAGCCACACAGAAGACUGUGGAUGGUCCCUCUGGGAAACUCUGGCGAGAUGGCAGAGGAGCUGCUCAGAACAUCAUCCCAGCAUCCACAGGUGCAGCGAAGGCUGUUGGCAAGGUCAUCCCUGAGCUGAAUGGAAAACUCACAGGGAUGGCUUUCCGCGUCCCAACUCCCAAUGUUUCUGUCGUGGACUUAACUUGCCGCUUGGAGAAACCAGCCAAGUAUGAUGACAUUAAGAAGGUUGUGAAGGCAGCUGCCGAUGGCCCUAUGAAGGGUAUCCUGGGAUACACCGAGGACCAGGUUGUCUCCUGUGACUUCAAUGGUGAUACCCACUCUUCCAUCUUUGAUGCUGCUGCUGGCAUUGCUCUCAACGACCACUUUGUGAAGCUGGUCUCCUGGUACGACAAUGAAUAUGGAUACAGCAACCGUGUGGUGGACUUGUUGGUUCACAUGGCAUCAAAGGAGUAAAGGCAGAGUUCCAUUUCUUACUUUCUUACAACUCGGCUCUGUAUCUUGCAGUAAGAGGCCUUCUCUUGUUCCACCUGCCUCUGAGGAAGUGGAGAGGCUGGAAGAAACUUGACUGUUUCAGUAACAUCUCCCCUCUCAAUAAAGUCAUCACUGUCUCAAA